CAGGGGCGUGUCCUGCCCUACCUCCCUGUCACAGUGGUCCACUCAUCCGGUUACAGCAGCAGUUCCAGCAGCAGCGGCGGCAGCCAGAACAGGAGCAGCGAUAGCUACGGUUUCCAGAACAGGAGCCGGGGCAGCGGCGGCAGCUCAGUGCUGGGCACCUGUGCGGAGCAGGGGUAGCAGGACCAGGGGGUAGGGUCUGUGCCAGCCACUCUGAGCCAGAGAAGGAAGGGGCAUCUCCCAGAUUCCACUGCUGGGAAUAAUCUCCAGGGGAGGUGGCACCGAACUGGGAAUACUGGUGGGGGUGAACAUGUGCAGGAACAGCUAGAGGCCUCGGGGCGGGAAAACAUUUGGUCUACGUGUGGACAGGCAAGGAAAGCUGUCUGGGACCAUGGCAGCCUCCCGCCUGGACUUUGGGGAGGUGGAAACUUUCCUGGACAGGCACCCAGAGUUGUUUGAAGAUUACCUGAUGCGGAAGGGGAAGCAGGAGAUGGUUGAAAAGUGGCUGCAGAGGCAUAGUCAGGGUCAGGGGGCUUUAGGUCCAAGGCCCUCUUUGGCUGGUACCAGCAGCUUGGCUCACAGCACCUGCAAAGGUGGCAGCAGCAUUGGUGGUGGCAUUGGACCAAAUGGCUCUGCCCAUAGCCAGCCUCUUCCCGGUGGCGGGGACUGUGGUGGGGUUCCCUUGAGUCCCAGCUGGGCCAGUGGCAGCAGGGGCGAUGGGAACCUGCAGCGGAGAGCUUCUCAGAAAGAGCUAAGGAAGAGUUUUGCCCGCUCCAAGGCCAUCCACGUGAACAGGACUUACGAUGAACAGGCGACCUCCCGGGCUCAGGAACCCCUGAGCAGUGUACGACGGAGGGCACUUCUCCGGAAGGCCAGCUCCCUGCCCCCCACCACAGCCCAUAUUCUCAGUGCGCUGCUGGAAUCGAGAGUGAAUCUGCCUCAGUAUCCUCCUACAGCCAUCGACUACAAGUGCCACCUGAAAAAGCAUAAUGAGCGUCAGUUCUUUCUGGAAUUGGUCAAAGAUAUCUCCAAUGACCUUGACCUCACCAGCCUGAGCUACAAGAUUCUCAUCUUUGUCUGCCUUAUGGUGGACGCUGACCGCUGCUCUCUUUUCCUGGUGGAAAGGGCAGCUGCUGGCAAGAAGAGCUUGGUCUCCAAAUUCUUUGAUGUGCAUGCAGGAACCCCUCUGCUGCCUUGCAGCAGCACAGAGAACUCAAAUGAGGUGCAGGUCCCCUGGGGCAAAGGCAUCAUUGGCUAUGUCGGGGAGCAUGGAGAAACGGUCAACAUUCCUGAUGCCUACCAGGAUCGACGAUUCAAUGAUGAAAUCGACAAGCUAACUGGAUACAAGACAAAAUCAUUAUUGUGCAUGCCUAUCCGAAGCAGUGAUGGUGAGAUUAUUGGUGUGGCCCAAGCGAUAAAUAAGAUUCCUGAAGGAGCUCCAUUUACUGAAGAUGAUGAAAAAGAUCGACGAUUCAAUGAUGAAAUCGACAAGCUAACUGGAUACAAGACAAAAUCAUUAUUGUGCAUGCCUAUCCGAAGCAGUGAUGGUGAGAUUAUUGGUGUGGCCCAAGCGAUAAAUAAGAUUCCUGAAGGAGCUCCAUUUACUGAAGAUGAUGAAAAAAGCUGGGAUGCAGCCAACUUGAGCUUGGUUGCUGAGGGGCUGGCUGUGUUCCAGGAGCUUGUUACUGGUGAUGCUGCCCUGCCAACUGGUGUUGAGGAUGGUGCCUGA